AUGGCAAAACUAUUAAAAAACGAGGAUGAAUUCAAUCAAUUCAUCAGAAUGACUGAAUAUGCUCUAGUGCAUUUCUCUGCAAAAUGGUGUGAAAUAUGUGAGCAACUCAAUAAUUUAUUAUUAGAAUUUAAAGAUGAACUAAAGUGUUUUGAUUUUGCUGUAGUGGAAGCAGAAGAAGUUGCCGGAAUAUCAGUUGCGAAUAAAAUUGUCGCAGCUCCAACCGUUCUGUUUUUUAAGAAAGGGAAGGAAGUCGAUCGUUUACAAGGAUUCGAUCCGGCUAAAUUAAGAAUAAAAAUCAUUAAGCACAAUUUUGUUGAAGGCGUUACUAACAUGACAACAAAACCAAUCGAUGAUGAGAAAAAUGAUGUGAAUAAUAGGAUGAAAUCACUGGUCCAUCACUCUCCUCUUACGCUUUUUAUGAAGGGAACACCAGAUAACCCAAAAUGCGGAUUCAGCAGUCAAAUUGUUAAUCUUUUACGUGCGGUAAAUGCAGAUUUUUCAAGUUUUGAUGUCUUGGAAGACGAUGAGGUGAGACAAGGAUUAAAAGAAUAUAGCCAUUGGCCUACAUUUCCACAGCUUUAUUUGAAUGGCGAACUUAUUGGUGGCCUAGAUAUUCUCAAAGAAGAGUUAAAUGAUCCUGACUUUCGCAGUAAAUUGCCGAAACUGAAGAAUAGCAAUGAAAGAUUAAAAGCAUUAAUCAAUCAGGCUCCUCUAAUGCUUUUCAUGAAAGGAAGUCCUAAAGCACCUCAAUGCAAAUUCAGCAAGAAGAUUAUUGAACUGCUAGCUGGGAUUAACGCUGAGUAUUCAUAUUUUGAUAUCCUUAAAGAUGAUGAGAUACGAGAAGGAUUGAAAGAAUAUAGCAACUGGCCAACUUAUCCGCAGCUGUAUUUGAAUGGUGAACUAAUCGGUGGUUUGGAUGUGGUUACAGAGGAGUUGAAGAAUCCUGAUUUUGUGGAGAAAAUACCUAAAUCGAGCUGA